GCCUAUCACUUCCUUGGCAUGAAGUUGAAGUGAACGAAAGAAGAGCUGAGUUUUGAAACACUCCAAAAAAAACAACAGCGUAAUGCAUUUCUGAUUACCAGUUGCCAGUUUCGCUGAUAAAUCACUUUCUCUUUUACGGCUGACACAUUUCUUGGGCUCAUAUUUUGUUGGCUCAUCGAUGAAAAGUGCGUGGGCGUGUUAUUUUUAAAAGCAACAAUUUCUCGUGUUGUGUUGUGUUGUGAAAACAAAACUAACCUUGGUCCCUUUACCGCCGCUGGCCACAAGCAAUGCGGUCUGACUGCAUUCCAUGAGCCCAAGUGUACGAGACCGCAUUAUUUGGAACCAAAAAAGUGGAGUUACUAUUACUAUUAGUGGCGGAGAAUGGCAUUGUCGGACAUGGAUUUGGCCACCUUGCACGAGAGUCGCUUGGAGCAGCGCUGGCACUACGGAUUGCCCAAUAGCCACCACAUAUACCACCACGGCUACCAGGACGGCUUCAGUGCCAUGACGCGGCUCUGUCUGGAGCGCAGUCUGCAGCGGAAGGUGCAGCCGGACCUGAACGGCAACUGCCUGGAACGGGGACGUAGCCGAGAGAAUGCCAAUGCCAUUGGUCCGUCGUCAGGUGGGCAGCGCAGACGAUCCGGCACCUGGCCGCGCACUCGCAGCUUGAACGCACCCUCGCCGGUCCAGCAGUUCGGACCAUGUGGCCGCAUCAUGAAGAACUCCGCCAUGGUGAUGCAGAUCCAGGAUCCUGCUAGCCAGCGCCUCACCUGGUACAAGCCACCACUCACCGUCCUGGUGAUCAAGAAGGUCAGCGAUGCCUCGGUGCUGGCGCCGUUCGUCUACCUGGUGGACUGGCUGCUGCAGGAGAAGAACAUGGUCGUUUGGGUGGAGUCGGCCGUGCUGGAAGAUGCGCAGCUCAAUGAAAAUGUGCGAUUCAAGGCCAUUCGCGAUAAGCUAGUGACUUUCAAAGAUGGCCGUGAUGACCUGACCGACCGCAUAGACUUUAUAGUUUGUCUGGGUGGCGAUGGAACCCUGCUGUAUGCUUCGCUGCUCUUCCAGCAAUCCGUGCCCCCCGUCAUGGCCUUCCACUUGGGCUCCCUGGGCUUCCUCACACCCUUCCGCUUCGACAACUUCGAGGAGCAGCUCACCAGCGUCCUGGAGGGUCACGCGGCCCUAACGCUCCGCAGUCGCUUGCGCUGUGUUAUGCAUCGCAGAGGCGAUAGAAAACACGAGGCAAAGACUCUGGAGGCAGAUCCAGAUGGAGAUGCCCGACCUGCAGCGAACAGCAUCCUGGUGCUCAACGAAGUGGUCAUUGAUCGUGGUCCCUCGCCCUAUCUGAGCAAUAUUGAUUUGUUUCUGGACGGAAAGUACAUCACGUCGGUGCAGGGCGAUGGCCUGAUAGUUUCCACGCCCACGGGAAGCACGGCAUAUGCGGCGGCGGCCGGUGCGUCCAUGAUCCAUCCCUCCGUGCCGGCGAUUAUGGUAACUCCCAUCUGCCCGCACUCGCUCAGCUUCCGACCCAUUGUGGUGCCAGCAGGAGUGGAGCUGAAGAUAUCAGUAUCCCCCGAGAGCCGCAACACAUCGUGGGUUAGCUUCGAUGGACGCAACAGGCAGGAGCUCUUCCAUGGCGACAGCCUGCGCGUGACCACCUCCAUUUAUCCCGUGCCAUGCAUCUGCGCCCAGGAUCAGAUAUCCGACUGGUUCGCCUCCCUUGCCGACGGACUGCACUGGAAUGUGCGUAAGCGCCAGAAGUGCCUGGACGAGCUGUCGGAUCUGACGGCUUCCGGAUCGGAGGACACGCUGGACGAGAUCGAGAACAUGAAAUUGUAUGAUGUGUAGUGCGUAAGUCCCUGUUGCUAAUAGAAACCGUAGGUUAGGGCUUUUAGUGGUAGUUCUAAUGCUUCGCCCUUUGCUUAGUGUGUAAUUUUUGUAGUAUUUUCCAAGUAUCUAUUUCGAAACGAAUUGUUCAAACACAUUUGCCAAAUGUAUGGUAAUCAUUUUAGUGCAAUAUUGCAAUUGUACAUUUCAGCUAGAUAAAUAUUAAUGCAGUCGGCAAACUCAAAUCUUUGAGAAUGAAAAAAUCAAAAAGUCCCACUUCUAAAGAGAUAAGCAAUUGAAUUAUAUUACUAAAUAAAAUAAUACCUGUAAAUUCA